AUGGCCUCUGAAGAUAUUGCCAAACUAGCAGAGACGCUCGCCAAGACCCAGGUGGCCGGGGGACAGCUGAGUUUCAAGGGCAAGAGCCUCAAACUCAACACUGCAGACGAUGCCAAAGACGUGAUUAAGGAGAUUGAAGACUUUGACGGCUUAGAGGCCCUGCGCCUGGAGGGCAACACGGUGGGCGUGGAGGCAGCCAGGGUCAUCGCCAAGGCCUUGGAGAAGAAGUCGGAGCUGAAGCGAUGCCACUGGAGCGACAUGUUCACGGGGAGGCUGCGGUCGGAGAUCCCUCCCGCCCUGAUCUCUCUCGGGGAGGGACUCAUCACGGCCGGGGCCCAGCUGGUGGAGCUGGACCUGAGUGACAACGCCUUCGGGCCCGACGGCGUGCGAGGCUUUGAGGCCCUGCUCAAGAGUUCCGCCUGCUUCACGCUGCACGAACUCAAGCUCAACAACUGUGGCAUGGGCAUCGGUGGUGGCAAGAUCCUGGCAGCAGCUCUGACCGAGUGUCAUCGGAAGUCUAGUGCCCAAGGCAAGCCGCUGGCACUGAAGGUCUUCGUGGCUGGCAGAAAUCGUCUGGAGAAUGACGGAGCCACCGCCUUGGCAGAAGCUUUUGGGAUCAUUGGGACUCUGGAGGAGGUCCACAUGCCCCAGAACGGAAUCAACCACCCCGGCGUCACUGCCCUGGCCCAGGCCUUCGCCAUCAACCCCUUGCUGCGGGUCAUCAACCUGAAUGACAACACCUUCACCGAGAAGGGCGCCAUGGCCAUGGCCAAGACGCUGACGGCCCUGCGGCAGGUGGAGGCGAUCAACUUCGGGGACUGCCUGGUGCGCUCCAAGGGUGCCGUCGCCAUCGCAGACGCCAUCCGCGGGGGCCUGCCCAAGCUGAAGGAGCUGAACUUGUCAUUCGGUGAGAUCAAGAGAGAGGCUGCUCUGUCUGUUGCUGAGGCCGUGGCAGACAAGGCGGAACUGGAGAAACUGGACCUCAAUGGCAACAUGCUGGGAGAAGAAGGCUGCGAGCAGCUGCAGGAAGUGCUGGAAGGCUUCAACCUGGCCACAGUGCUGGCGUCCCUCAGUGAUGACGAGGGUGAGGACGACGAGGACGAGGACGAGGAGGAGGAGGAGGAGGAGGAGGAGGGAGAAGAGGACGAGGAGGAGGAGGAGGAGGAGGAGGAGGAGCCGCAGCAGGAGGCGCAGGGCGAGGGGCCGAGCGCGCCUUCACGGAAGGGCCCGGGCCCGAACAGCGGGGAACCAGCUCCUGUCCUGUCCUCCCCGCCUCCCGCAGACGUCUCCACCUUCCUGGCCUUCCCCUCCCCGGAGAAGCUGCUGCGCCUCGGGCCCAAGAGUUCCGUGCUAAUAGCCCAGCAGACUGACACGUCUGACCCGGAGAAGGUGGUCUCCGCCUUCCUGAAGGUGUCCUCCGUGUUCAAGGAUGAAGCCUCGGUGCGGACGGCUGUGCAGGACGCAGUAGAUGCUUUGAUGAAGAAGGCCUUCAGCUCGUCUGCCUUCAACUCCAACGCCUUCCUCACCCAGCUCCUCAUCCACAUGGGGCUGCUCAAGAGUGAAGACAAGAUCAAGGCCAUCAGCAACCUGCACGGCCCCCUGAUGACGCUGAACCACGUGGUGCAGCAGGACUACUUCCCCAAGGCCCUGGCGCCCCUGCUGCUGGCGUUCGUGACCAAACCCAACGGCGCCCUGGAAUCCUGCUCCUUUGCCCGCCACAAUCUACUGCAGACGCUGUACAAGGUCUAG